UGUAGGACGGUACGUGUGUCCAGCUGACCCUCUAGGAUGUCGUAAUGAUGGUGAUUGUAUUGGUGGGCGAAUUUGCUGUGAUACCGGCUGUACUAAACGAUGCGUCGCACCCAGAGCGUAGUUAUACCACAGUGACUAUUUCGUUGUUUUCUCUAGUUUAUUAAUAGGAGCUGAUAUUCUCACUAUACCCUACGUUAAGUACGCAUGAUAUGUAGUAUUAAACGAGAUAUAUAUAGUUUGUGAACUAAGUACGAUGCCAAGUUCUGAAUUUCAGAAAAUAAAAUCUUAAAUUCACCCAAAAAUUCAUUCACUUUGAUAUUUCAAGAAUUAACAUCAGGUGAGUGCCCGGAUUUUCUGAUGUAACAUUUGACAUUCUUUUGACGUAAGUCGGAAGGAAAUUAAACUUGACGUAUUAACAGCGGGGGGAAAUGCACAUACCGGUAGGCAAGAGACAUUUGCUUCUGAUUUUCCAAACAGCGUAGCUUUCGUCCAGGUACUCCAGUAACACUGCACCAAUUGAUAGAGCUAUCCAGUAUAAAUAAAGUUAGUUUCGUUUAGGUUUUCUCCUGUAGAUGUGUAGUGACAAUCGAUCAACAAGAGAUGACUCUUAUCUCCAGGGAGAACAGUUUAGAACUGACAAAAUUAGUUUAGUUUGGGUUUCCUCCUGUUGUAACAUUGGAUCAACAAGAGAUGACUCUCACUGGAUCUCUAGGAAGAACAGUGUAGAACUGAUAGAGCUAUCCAGUAUAACUAAAGUUUCUUUAGAUUGGUUUAUGUGGGUGUCAAUUUGAUUUGUAUUUGAAGAGCAGGAUAAGGUCAUUGGAAUUUAUCAAUUUGGCUUGGGUUGAUCUAGAAAUCAGUUUCGAUAUUGUCUGUAAGUUUCAUGCAAAUUUUAUAUUUUUCCAUAAAGAAAAUAUUUAGAUUCUUUCAGGAAAUGCACAAAGAAACUUCACCUGCAAUGCGGAAUGGACUGGUUAUCUUAAACACCAUGACAUUUUAAGGUACUUUACCAAUAUUAGCUAAUACAUUUAUAGAAAUGAUUUAACCAAGGCAGAAAUCGUAGUUUAUGAAUAUAUCACGUAUAUUGUACACUGAGUAUGGAAUAGUACUAAUAUUCAUAUUAUGUACAUUUCUGACAGGAAAGCUAAGAUCAGUAUAUUGUAACCAUAGCGCAUCAAUCUGAAUGAAACGCACCAUUUAGUUUCGAGAUUUUCAAGCUAUUUCUGAAGGCGUAUACAAAAGCAUGUAUCCGAUAUUUGCAUUUCUUUUUGUUAAAGGUGAACAGCUUACAUCCUGUUAUUGGCAAGAAACAAAGAAGAGGAACUAACCAAUAUAGAAAGGGGGGAACUAACUAGAGAAAAAGCAUUCCCUCUUUACUGGCGAAAUGGCUAACAUCAAAGAAGUGUGUGUGUUGCUUGUUUUGGGAUUUGUAGUGAUAACUACAGCCGAUCCUUUUAUUGGAAGUAAGGAAUUUUUGAAUAUAAUAAUUGGUUUAUUUAAUGGUUAAGAUAUACGAAGUGGCUAUCACACUGAAGGUUAGGAAUUCUAAUAUACGAAACGAAUAUAGGUUGAGGCCUUCUGUGAUUCUCGGUACGGACUUGUAAAAUUUAUGUGAAAAGAGUUGGUCAUUGUUCUACCAAAAGUCGUGAGUUUUCUCUGGUUUCCCUCCCACAGGGAAUGUUGACAGGGUGGGCUGGGAUUAGCCCCUAACUGACCGUUCCACCGUAGCUGUGCUCCGUGAUCAGAUCAUAAAGUGGUUGUCGAAGGCACCCUUAGAAAGCCUUCGACUCGAUCAGGUUGAGUUGCGCCCUUCGCAAUUCAGCUUAGGCUAGUAAGGCUUAGCGCUCAGAUGCAGUUUUGUCAGGGUGGGUUGGAAUAAAAUCCCAAACUAACUUGUCAUCUUAGCUGUGCUUCGUGACGAGGCGCCCUUUACUAGGUGAUAAGCAUUUCAUUGCUUUUAUUGCACAUCAUUCCUUCAUUGGAAAACACUCGAAUAUUUCUAUUUACUUUAGGGACCGGUCAUAAAGUAAUUACUAGAGGGGGGUGAAGGAUAAAUGAAAUUUCAAGUACAUAUUUCCAUACCCUCCCAAAAACCUAUGGAAACAUUUUCGUAACCCCCCUUCAAUGUAAGUGAACAUUUUCAUACCCCCCACCCCCUUCAAUCAUUAACAGGUUCUAAUGGUGUUAGCUUGCUAGCAUUGUCAUUGACAAUUCAGAUGUAUCAGAUUUGUAUUCCAAAAGUUCCAUGGAUACAGAAUCCUACUUAUCAUCUGACAUUGAGUCAGACUGAAACAUAUAUACUUUGUGUUGGCUUAAUAAUAAUUAUAGUAUAGUUUAAUAAAUAAACUUAAAUCUGGGUACAAACACAUUCAAUAUUCAACAAUAAUUAUAAAAUGUAAUUUUUUUCCGUACCUAUAGUAUUAAGAUUUUGGUACCCCCCUAGAGGUUCUGUUUUUUUUUUCGUGCCCCCCCUCAGAGGUUCUGGAUUUUUUUCGUACCCCCCAAAAAUAUCCUCCACACCCCCUAGUAAAUACUUUAUGACCGGUCCCUUAAUUCAAUUAAUAAAAAUUUACCACAAUGCACAAAUUGUCCUAACUUCGAUUUGUGUUAAUGUCAAUCUUAUGGUCUCUAAUGCUUAGUGAAACCUACCUAUACAUCUUAAAUGAAGACUCCUACUAUAACAAAUAAUAACUCAUGUAAACGUUUCUCCUCAGGGCUAGGAUUCCAUCAUUUCCACGUGUUGCGAUGUCUUUUCAAACGCUGUCAUCGUUACGCGAAAUGUCAAGUCCAGAACGGCAAAGCUGUAUGUGUUUGUCCCAAGGUGUGUCCCAAGAAUUUCUCGCCCGUCUGUGGAACUGACUGGAAGACGUACAGCAAUUACUGCGAACUGGCAAGAGCUUCUUGCGUUGGAAACAGUCGAACAAGACUUCUCUAUUACGGUUCUUGUAAGUAACGUGUUUGAUACUGGAAAUCACUAACGCCCAACUGACUCUAGUGGUCCAGUGUUACUACAGGAGGAAACACUAACUUUAUUUUUGAUGGAUAGCGCUAUCAGUUCUAAACUCUUCUUCCUAGAAGUCCAGCAAGGAUCAUCUCUUAUUGAUCCAGUGUUACUACAGGAGGAAACCUAAACUAAACUAACUUUAUUUAUACUGGAUAGUUCUAUCAGUUCUAAACUGUUCUCCCUAAAGGUCCAGUAGGGAUCAUCUCUUAUUGAUCCAGUGUUACUACAGGAGGAAAUCUAAACUAAACUAACUUUAUUUAUACUGGAUAGCUCUAUCAGUUCUACACGUUCUUCCUAUAGGUCCAGAAAGGUCAACCCUUACUGAUCCACUGUUGUACUCCAGGAACAUAAACUUAACCAACUUGUUACUGGAUAGCUCAAUAACUACCCUUGAUAUAGUUAAGUGAAUUUCAUUUUUUCUUGUAGGCAAAUCAGGCAGUUGCAGGCGCACGCCUUGGCAAAGCCUACGAUGUCCUUACUACAGCAUAUGCCGGUUAUACUUUGGCCUACCUCGUUGUGUUUGCCCUGAAACUUGUCCAUCCAGUUAUAAUCCGGUUUGCGGCUUCGAUGAUAGAACCUACCGGAACAGAUGUGAAUUGAGGAAGACUGCUUGUAAACGAAGACAGAGGCUGUAUGUCCAACAUUUGGGACAUUGCCGUAAGUAGACACUCGAUUGGUCAAUUGUGACGAUAGGUGGGUUCCCCUGAGCACUAUCGUGCCGAUCAGGCCUCCUCACUGGUCUCAAAGCUAGAACUUGAUAGAGCAACCUUUUGCAUAGAUUUUGCAGUUUUCACAUUUUUCCAUCUACCAAACUGACGUUGCAUCAUUUGAUCAAUUUCUAAAGUUGUUUCUUUUUAGAUUUUUUUAUUAAUUUGGUUAGAGUUAGGGUUGGUUAGAAUUAGUUAUGGUUAGAGUUAGAGUUGGUUAGGGUUAGGGUUAAGGUUAGGGUUAGGGUUAGGGUUAGAGUUGGUUAGGGUUAGGUUUAGUUGUUAGGGUUAGAGUUGGUUAGGGUUAGGUUUAGUUGGUUAGGGUUAGAGUUGGGGGUUAGAGUAGGAUUAGGGUUUGUUACAUAGCCAUUUAACACCUCUUUCAUCUUCCGAAAAUGACGUCAGGUCAGUUUGGUAGAUGGAAACAAGUGCUGACCAGAUUUUGCUAGCAUCCCCCACUUGAAUGAAAAAUAGUUGAAGGGUUUUAUAGAUGGAAAUUAUCGAAUUAAAUGUUUUAUAUACAUUUAUUAGACCUGACCAGGAACAGCUGCGAAAAAUACAACUAUACGUGGACUUGUGGUUAGAGUUCGACAACUGGCCUCUGUAGCUCAGUUGGUUCGAGCACUGCACCGGAAUCGCAGGGUCGCAGGUUCGAUUCCUGUCAGAGGACCUUGUGCUGCAUUUUUCGCAACUGCUCCUGGCCUAAUAAAUGUAUAAAAGAUUUCCACUCGAUAAUUUCCACCUACAAUAACCUUCAACCCUUUGAAUUCCGGGUGUUAUUUUUGCAGCUAGAAUAUUUAUAAUGAGGGGAGAUUUUUUUAAAAAUCUGUCCCAUUCCUUACGUGUUCAAAUGAGGUAUAAUUUCCCCACUUGUCCGGGUCUGGGUGGGCCGUUGAGGAACGUAGAAUCUUCAUCAUUAUUCUCUAACCACAAUGAUCAUGUUUUCUUCGCCACAGGUCCAGAUCCUUGCGCUCGUAUUGACUGCUGUUGUAAUGCGGAGUGCAGAGUGAACCUGACGAAUCAUGCGAAAUGUGAAUGUAACUUCGCCUGCACUUUGCAGUAUGAUCCAGUUUGCGGCUCGGAUGGCAAGACAUACGGCAACGCAUGUGGCUUACGUAGUGUUGCUUGUGCACAGCAGAAUCCGAAACUUAAGGUUGUUAGCGAUGGACCAUGUAAGUAAUAUAAACUAACUUUAUUUAUGCAGGAUAGUUCUAUCAGUUCUAAACUGUUCUUCCUAGAGGUCCAGUAAGGAUCAUCUCUUGUUGAUCCAGUGUUACUACAGGAGGAAACCUAUAAACUAGACUAACUUUAUUUAUACUGGAUAGCAAUAUCACUUUUAAACUUUCUUCGUAGAGGUCCAGCAAUUAAGGGUCAUCUCUUAUUCUUCCAGUGUUACUACAGGUGGGAAACUUAAGCUAGACUAACUUUAUUUAUACUGGAUAGUUCUAUCAGUUUUAAACUCUUCUUCCUAGAAGUCCACUAAGAAGUAUCUCUUAUUGUUCCAAUGUUACUGCAGACAGAAACCUAAAUUAUAACUUAUUUAUACUGGGCGCUCUAUCGAUUCUAAACUGUUCUCCUUAGAAUCCAGAAACAACUGUCCUUUAUUAGUCGAGUGUUAUACUGCCGAACGAAACCGGAGAUCCUGUGUAAAUAAAGUUACGUUCCCUUACUUCGAAACAAUCUUAUUUAUACCAUAUACUGUAUACAUAUUGCAAAGUAUAAUGUCUCGUUAUUUUUAGGUCCAACAACUCUCCCAGAAACAACGCCUUCAACGUCAGUUCCUACAACUCUCCAUCCUUGUGCUUCGAUAAAAUGUCGCUUCUAUGCAAAAUGUGAAAUCGUAAAUGGCUCAGCUGGUUGUAUGUGUCCAUUUUGUGGAACCAAUUCUGAUAUUGUGCAGCCAGUCUGUGGAUCAAAUGGAGUGACUUAUGCAAAUCUUUGUGACUUACAACGGAGCAGUUGUCAAAAUGCGCAGCUCAUUGAAGUUGUCAGCAGAGGACGAUGUAUGUUAAGCAUUAAUGGGUUUUUCUUUGUAGAAGGAUAUUCUAGAUGGAAAUUUGUGAUUUUUUAUACAUUUUUUAGAUCUAACCAGGAGCACAUGCGAAAAAAAGCAACUUUUAGGCAUGAAUGAAUGUCGCUUGACGCAUUUUUGAGGAACAUAUUCAAAACGCAUAUUGUGGAACGCAGCAUAACUUAUGCCCUGAUGCUCGGUUUGAAAUAUCAUUUUAUGGAGAGACAGUAACGUUUAUUCUGUGUUUAUCUUUUGUGUUUUAGGCCUGACAACAACUGAACCUCCCCUGACGAGAGUUCCUACAACCCCUGCCAUUUGCCCGUUCACAUGUAGUUUCUAUUCAAGAUGUGAAGUCAGAAAUGGCUCGGCUAGAUGCGUAUGUCCAUCUUUAUGUUCUGGUGUUGUGACACCCGUCUGUGGCUCAAAUGGAGUGACUUAUGGAAAUCUGUGUGAAUUGAAAAGGGCUAGUUGUAAAAAUCAUGAGUAUCUUCAAGUUGUCAACAACGGACAAUGUAUGUUCAACCAUUAUUGCGUUGAAACAUUUGAAAUAUCAUUUUAUCGAGAGACAGUAACGUUUAUUCUGUGUUUAUCUUUUGUGUUUUAGGCCUGACAACAACUGAAGCUCCCGUGUUCCCAAGCUCCCAAGUUCCCACAACUGCUGCCAUUUGCCCGUUCACAUGUAGUUUCUAUUCAAGAUGUGAAGUCAGAAAUGGCUCGGCUAGAUGCGUGUGUCCAUCUUUAUGUUCUGGUGUUGUGACACCCGUCUGUGGCUCAAAUGGAGUGACUUAUGGAAAUCUGUGUGAAUUGAAAAGGGAUAGUUGUAAAAAUCAUGAGUAUCUUCAAGUUGUCAACAACGGACAAUGUAUGUUAAACCAUUAUUGCGUUUUUCUUUAUGAAUAAUGAAUUAAUGAACACGUUUUUUAUUGGGUAGUAUCGAUACAGAAUGGUUAUCACAUUGGAGAAUAUACUAGGAGAAAACAAUAAAAAUUGAAAAAUAUUCUGUAGGAAAUAAGAAUAAGAAUAAGAAGCCGAUUUUGAAUAACAUAAUUUAUAUAUUUUGCAAUUUCACUGAAAAGCCAUAAUUCACAUUAUUUGAGGAAUGUUACAAAAAGAUUCAGUUGUCACACAUGUCCUUUACCACUUCUGUGACAUGAGUUUGAUAACUGAUUGUACAAUUUUCUGCAGUCUAAAGUUUCAUGUUGUCUGCACAUGUACGUUCUUGGAGACACCAUUCGUCUGCUGACACAUUUAUACUGGAUAGCUCUAUCAACCAAACUAUUCUCCCUAGAAGUCCAGUGAGGGUCAUCUCUUAUUGAUCCAGUGUUACUAUAGGAGGAAACCUGAACUAAACUGACUUGUACUGGAUGCUUUGUCAAUUCUAAACUGUUACGCAUAUUGUAGAACGCAGCAUAAUUUAUGCCCUGACGCUCGGUUUGAAAUAUAAUUUUAUCGAGAGACGGUAACGUUUAUUCUGUGUUUAUCUUUUGUGUUUUAGGCCUGACAACAACUGAAGCUCCCGUGUCCCCAAGCUCCCAAGUUUCCACAACCCCUGCCAUCUGCCCGUUCACAUGUAGUUUCUAUUCAAGAUGUGAAGUCAGAAAUGGCUCGGCUAGAUGCGUGUGUCCAUCUUUAUGUUCUGGUGUUGUGGCACCCGUCUGUGGCUCAAAUGGAGUGACUUAUGGAAAUCUGUGUGAAUUGAAAAGGGAUAGUUGUAAAAAUCAUGAGUAUCUUCAAGUUGUCAACAACGGACAAUGUAUGUUAAACCAUUAUUGCGUUUUUCUUUAUGAAUAAUGAAUUAAUGAACACUUUUUUUAUUGGGUAGUAUCGGUACAAAAUGGCUAUCCCAUUGGAGAAUAUACUGAGGGGGAAACAAUAAAAAUUGAAAAAUAUUCUGUGGGAAAUAAGAAUAGGAAUCUGAUUUUGAAUGACAUAAUUUAUAUUUUUUACAAUUUGAAAAAGCCAUAUUCAGUCGUCACACAUAUCCUUUACCACUUCUGUGACAUGAGUUUGAGAACUGAUUGUACAAUUUUCUGCAGUCUAAAGUUUCAUGUUGUCUGCACAUGUACUUUCUUAGAGACACCAUUUGCCUCCUGACAAAUCGGAAAAUGAUCAAGACAGUAACUCUGAUUGAUCAAAUAAUGUAUUGACAUACGGUUGUUAACAUUGCUUUUUAGUCUUCAAUAUUUGAGUGAGUCAUGCUUUGGAAAUGACAAUAAAUUUUUAUUACCCAACCCUUGAGCUGUUUUGUCUUUUAUCCAACCUUUUACUCACUCAAAAUUUUGUUUAUCCCACCCUUUUCUCUUCGGUGCCACGCCAUAAAUAAUGACCCGCCCUAUAUUUCGUGCGAACUUAUAAAUUUGAAUUACUAAUUAUUAAUCGUGGGUUUUAGGUCUUAAAUCAACUUCGAGUCCAGUAACAAGAAACGCAUCCACAACCCUUUCUCCUUGUGCUUCAAUCAAAUGUGGUUUCUUCGCAAAAUGCGAGGUGAGAAAUGGAUUGGCUGAUUGCGUGUGCCCUGAGAGAAGAUGUCUCUCUGUUACUGACCCAUUCUGUGGAUCGGACGGUGUGACGUACGGGAACACUUGUGAGUUGGAGAAAGCAAUCUGUGAACAACAAAAACAAAUCACAAUUGCGAAGAGAGGCAGUUGUGUUAAGAUGGGUAAGAAGGUGUAUUCUUUUUGUAAUUAUUAUGGAACGUCUGUGGCGCAGUCGUUAGAACAAGUGUCUUUCACCUCUGAGUUCGUGUGUUCGACUUUCGCUACGGAUUCAUGUGAAAAGAGUCUGUCAACGCUCUGCCGAAAGUCGUGGUUUUUCUCCGGCCGCUCCGGUUUCCUACCACAAGGAAAGUUGACAGGGUGGGUUAGGAUAAACACAAUUAAGAAAGUAAUAUCGCAAUUGUUGUAAGGAUAAAAUAGUCUAGGCUACUCCCCAAAAACUAGAACAAUAAUUGAAUGGUUAUGCCGAAGACAUUCAACGGCCAUAACCAUCCAAGUUGAAUGGUUAUGCCGAAGACAUUCAACAGCAUAACCAUCCAAGUUGAAGGGUUAUGCCGAAGACAGUCAAGUUGAAUGCUUAUGCCACCUGCGUUUAUUAUGACUUGUCCUAGAAAUUUUCGUUCACAAACAAAUAAUUAACAUGCUAUUUUUUAUUUUAAGACCCAAUUUUAUCAUGCCCCAUCCCAAAAACCUGUUUUGUAUUCUGCGACAAGGAUGAAUGCGCUAAGAGAGGUCAGAUUUGCUGUUGCAGAGGAUGUGGGAACGUUUGUACAACGCCAAUCAAACGAUCUGGUAUGUUCGGGCUUUAUAUUCAUUUUGUGCAUUUUCCACAAAAUAAAGUUGAGUGUUUAUAUAUAUAAAGUACUCCUGCUUGUGUUUCAAAUACUACGUCAACAAUUACACCCUACCCCCGUAUUAAUCAAAUCAGUCCUAGGACUUGAUCAAACUUUGUGUUAAUUUUAUGUUAUGCCACUGUUCAGAAAAAAUAACCAUGAGUUUUGUUUUCCAUUCAGGCCGUGAUGUGUGUCCACCAGACGCGAAUUCAUGUCUACUUGACAACGACUGUCAAAGCGGAAAGAAGUGCUGUUUGGAUGGUUGCACGAAGCGAUGUGUCACUCCUGUGCCCAGCGUGGACUCUGAGAUGAAAAAAAUGAAAAGCUUAAAUUAAUGUAAUGCUGAUUGCAGUAAAUAGAAGAUCGUUCAAAUAUGAACAAUUCAAAGUAGGAAUGCUUAUAGCAAUGGGAACUACAUAAUAGUUAGAUUUUUUUCUCCUAAAAGAAG